CCCCUCGCCGCGCCCCCUCUCCGCCCCGGCAGCGGAGCCGGAGCCGCGGGAGCCGGGCGGGGAUGCGGGAGGCGGCGAGCGGCGCUGCCCGGCGCAGCGGCUGAGGGCUCCGCGCCGGGCGGAGCUCAGCCCCCGCUCCCUUUCGCAGCCCCCCGAGCCCGGAUUUGGGAUCUACCUGGUCGCCUUGGGAUUUAUUUUUUUUAUUCCUCUCCUUCCACCCCCCAUCCCCUUUCAUUCCUUCUUUUUCCUUUUUUUUUCCACCCCCGUUUUUUUUGCGCACGUGGAGGACGGCGUGGGUUUCCUAACAUGAUCUUGGCAAACGCCUUCUGCAUCGUCCUCUUCGUAGAUGAGAUCCUCCGCUUGCUGGCUGGCCCUGUGUCCCCGCCGGGGCAGGACCCCCAUGGCUGGCGGGUGCCCGUGGACUGCGUGCGAGCCAACGAGCUGUGCGCAGCGGAGCCCAACUGCAGCUCCCGCUACCGCACGCUGCGGCAGUGCCUGGCCGGCCGCGACAGGAACACCAUGCUGGCCAACAAGGAAUGCCAAGCGGCCCUCGAGGUGCUGCAGGAGAGCCCCCUCUACGACUGCCGGUGCAAGCGAGGGAUGAAGAAGGAGCUUCAGUGCCUUCAGAUCUACUGGAGUAUACACCUGGGGCUGACCGAAGGAGAAGAAUUUUAUGAAGCUUCCCCCUACGAGCCGGUCACCUCUCGUCUCUCUGAUAUAUUCAGACUUGCUUCAAUUUUCUCAGGAAUGGACCCCGCUGCCAACUCCAAAAGCAACCACUGCCUCGACGCGGCCAAAGCCUGCAAUCUGAACGACAAUUGUAAACGCCUGCGCUCAGGCUACAUCUCCACCUGCAGCAAGGAGAUCUCGUCCACUGAGCACUGCAGCCGGAGGAAAUGCCACAAGGCUCUGCGCCAGUUCUUUGACCGCGUCCCCAACGAGUACACCUACCGCCUCCUCUUCUGCUCCUGCAAGGACCAGGCUUGUGCCGAGCGCCGGCGGCAAACUAUCGUCCCCUCCUGCUCCUAUGAGGAUAAGGAGAAGCCCAACUGCCUGGAUCUACGCACCACAUGCCGGACGGAUCACCUCUGCCGAUCCCGGCUGGCUGAUUUCCACACAAACUGCCAAGCUUCCUUCCAAUCGCUGACGAGUUGCCCUGGGGACAACUACCAGGCAUGCCUGGGCUCCUACGCAGGGCUCAUCGGCUUUGACAUGACGCCCAACUACGUUGAUGCCAGCACCACCAGCAUCACCAUCUCGCCCUGGUGUUCCUGCAAAGGCAGUGGCAACAUGGAAGAGGAGUGCGAGAAGUUCCUCCAAGACUUCACGGAAAACCCUUGUCUCCGAAAUGCCAUCCAAGCCUUUGGCAACGGCACCGACGUGAACGUCUCCCCCAAGAACCCCUCGCCACCUGUCACCCUGCCUCCGAAGACGGAGAAGAACCCUGCCUUGCCAGAUGACAUCAAUGACAGCAACACCAUGUAUGACACAAGUGUCAUCACCACCUGCACCUCCAUCCAGGACCAGGGAACGAAGCUAAACAAGUCCAAAGAGCAGAGUCUGUGCUACUCAGAGACCCAGCUGACCACGGACAUCAUGCCAGACCAGAAGACAUUCGUGGACCAGAAGGCAGGCGGCAGCCAACAUUGGGCGGGCCGGAUCCUGCCCAUUGUGCCCAUUCUCCUGCUGCAGCUGGUGUUGUAGAGGGGCAAAGAAGGCAGUGGCCGACGGGACAGGGACACUUGCACCACGCUUGCUCUCCCCUCAGUUCCUGUUGCGGCGAUGGGGAAGGGAAGGUGUCGCCUCGUGCCGGAGACUGAAAAUCUCAGAAACACCAGGGCUGCUGAGCCCAGGGAAUGCCGGGUGGCAGGAGGACCCUCACCAUGCUCGGAAACUUUGGUGGUUUUCUUCCUGUUUUCAUUUUUCACUUUUUAUUUUGGUCUUCUAAGACACAUUGGGUUUUUUUUUCUGAAGCAGCUCGUGGUAAAACCCCUCCAAGUGCCCUGCAACAGGAGCUCCAGAGCUGCAAGUGGCACCAGGAAGGGAAAAUAAGCAUCGAGCAGAGCUUGGGCAGAGGUUUCUUGCAGGCCCCAUCAACCUGGGUGGUGUGGGGUGGCUGCAGGUACAGUGAGGUUUCCGCAUUGAAGCAUCCCGGUGGAUGGACUCGCCAUUGGGAAGCUCUUCUACAUCCUCCGAAGGGACACUCUCGAGCUCUUGAUGUUGUUGGUAGGAUUUUUGGUUUUGGUUUUUCUUUCUUUACUGUGGUCAAGGCGAGUCUUAAAAUGGAAGAGAAUAGCGAGUCCUGGUCAAACGCCGUGAGGUUGUUCUGAUGUUUCCAAUCCAUCACUUUGAGGGGGAGAUUUUCCUUUCUUAUAUCUUCAUUUUUGUCCAGUCACAGUUGGGUUGGGAUGGAAUCCAACCUGUUGGUGGUUGGAAACCUCUAUAUGUUCCUCUCUUUCUUUUCUAUAUACAUAUAUAGUGUACGUAUAUACCACUCACCUAUACCUACAGAUAUGUAUGUAUAUACAUAACCAUAGGCAUCGACAGUGUGGCUUUUUUAAUUUCCUUUUUUUUUCCCUUUUAUUUUUAAAACAAAUUGCUCAAACGGCAACAACUUUCAAAUGUAUUAUUGUAAAUUUUAUUUUUUUUAAUAAUGUCUAUAAUAUAAAAGCAAAAAAGAAAACAAACCAACGAACAAACAAAAAAUAAUAAACCAAGAACAACCAACCUUGGGACAAAGCAGCACCGAGCUCCGCCUGCGCAUGGGUCUGUGUCCGGCCGAGCCUCCCAAGCCUCGGGGAGGGAUGCGGCCCCUUCAGCUGCAGUGAUGCAGGGAUUUGGGUCAAUGCUUUGCAAUGCUGUGAACAAUUCCCUGUCUGUUUUUGCUCCAGGAGACAAGCAAACAAGGAAAUAUUUCAAAGGAGCUGACACGUUCCCGUGUGGCAGGGUUGGUUUUUUUUAUGUGCAAUAACUUUGUUUUUGAAAAUACCAUCCCCUUUCUUUAAUGUCUUUCCCCUCCACCACAAGCAACCUGACAGCACUUAAAAACCAAGCUGAAACACUGAGAUCUGGGUCACGCGAAGCAGUGAGUUUUUUUCAAGUCAGACGAAGAUAAUUUGGGUUUCUUUUUCCACUUUGCUGCUCGUGAGCAGAAGCAUCAACCUUCCCCCAUCGUGCUCUGCUCGUGGAAGGGGCAGCUCGUGGACCUGGGGAUGCUGGAAUCGGGGUGGAAGGACCGGCUGGGCUGUUUGCAAGGAGCCGGGCACUCGUGGCAAGGGGAGGGAUGGAUCUAUAUUCCCUUUUGCAGCGCGGAAAAAAAAGCAAACCCGUUUGAUGUGGAAGUUGGCGCGGGGAAAAUAAACAUGUCACGUCUCUCGCAGGAGGCGCGUUGCAAACCCAGGCUGCUCUUUACCCUAUUCUCUCCUCUAAAAGCCAGGAAAAUGACAGCUUGGAAAGAACGAGCCAGAUGUGCUGAGCGGUUUGGCACCGAAAAAGGCAUCGAGGCAUGAAGGGCAGUGUUUGAGGCGCUCGCCAGCCAAGUUUGGGGUCCCUUGUGUGGGGGUGAGCUGAAAUCCUGGCUGCCCUGAUGCUGGUGCUCCCAGCCAUCCUUCGGCUGGGGGUUCCAAGUUCAACAGAGGCAUCUUCACCUGCUGACCACCAACUCUGUGUUUCUAUAGGAAAGGGAGUAUAAAAUACAGGGCAAGUUGCUUUUCUUGGUUGAGGUUUGAUUUUCUUCUUCCCCAAGAAGACUGGGAAGACAAGGCUUUCCUGAAAGGAGAAUGAGCUCCUUUGCUAGAGAAGGUCAGGAUGAAAAGUCUCCAUCUGGUAGAUGAUGCCACAUCUGCUGCUCGCCGGGUACCUGCACCCCUUCUGAAGAUGUCCAUGCAAUUCCUGGGAGCUCCACGUGUCUUCCAGCUAAGGAGGCAUCAGCAGAAAGCGAAGAGCUGAGUUUAGAGUUGCCCCUGGCUCUUGUGGGUGUUUUGGAUGUGCUGUGCUCUUCCUAAGCCCCUGCGGCCGUGCUGUGCCCUUCCCAAGCACCCAUGGCCAUGCUGGUGGGGCAAGAAGCAGAGCAGCACCUGGAGCUGCUGGAAGCAACCCAAAUGGCAGCUGUACCUGCCCUGGCUGAGUCCUGGCUGCAGAGAUUGUACUGGAGCUGCUGAAUCUGCAGAUGUUUGGGAUGAAGGCAUUAGCCAUGCUGAUUAGCGUGCUGCCUUCAUCCAGGUGCCUCGUGCCUUGAGCUGCUGAAAGCUAAGCUCUUCACCGUGGAAGUGCUGAUCUCGGUGCUGGGGCUGCUGAAUCCGAGAUACAAAAUCCCAGUGAGUUAUCCUCUCAAAGCCUUGCUAUGUCUUUCUCUCCAAACACAAAGCCCUUUCUAGAAGGCGGGCAAGGGGACAAAAUGCUCCGUGCUUGCGAAGCGGUGGAAGGAGGCUGUGGGAAAUCGUUCUGGAGGAUGCAGCAGAGCUAAUGCGGCGUGCUAAAUCGCUGCCUUCCCUACUGGCAGAGCCUACGUGAUGUAUAUGAGGAUUUCAUUUGCAUGGUGGUGGUUUGGAAAGGUCCUUUUUGAGGAGCAGCACAAACAGAGCCGUGUAGGUUUUCCGCCCUUCUCAGCUGGAGCCAAACCUCAUCUUGUCUGGACCAAAAGGCUGCUUGGAGACCUUGUGCAGGUUCUCCCGGGUCUGCACUGCAAACGGCAGCAUGGACAAUCCCUCAUCCAUGCAUACUGUCACAGUAGGGAUGGGUCCUGUGUGCUGGAUACAGGUGUGAGGGUGGCAGAGGUGCUCUGGUGGUUUUUGGCUACUUGCAGCUUCGGUGUGACCAAAGGAACAGAAAACAGCCUGCAAAAAACAACCUGUGGGAAUGGGCCCAAGGAUCUGUAGGGACUUGUUGGCUUCCAGAUGUCCCAGCUGAGCAAGGAGUUCAGCAGCUCCAGGACUUGUACCUAACUGAGGGCUGUUAAGCGUGCGGGACCAGGGCUGCCUGCAAACAGGGGAUUUUCCUUCUCUUUUUCUCUGCUAACCCAGAUACACAAGCAUGAUGUUGCAAGGAGGUGCCUGCCACCGCUUCCCAAAUCCUGGGAGUACCCUAAGCUGUGCAUCCCCUGUGCAGUUUGUGCAUGAGGGCAGUUUGUUUCUAUAAGAUCAAGUUUCCUGGUGCCCUGGUUCAGGAUUUGGUCACCCGUGGUGCAACCUGUUGGAUUUUGGCCCAUCUCUCCCACCAAUGGCAGCUGGAGUGAAAUGGAAAGACUCUUCCAACACAAGGGGUGAUCAAAAAUAGAUGGAAUGGCACCUUUGCUCUCUAUAAUUCACCACGAUGAGGGUGGAGAAGCCCUGGCCCGGGCUGCCUGGGGAGGUGGUGGAGGCUCCAUCCCUGGAGGUGUUCAAGGUUGGGUUGGAUGAGGCUCUGAGCAACCUGCUCUUGUUGAAGAUGUCCCUGCUCCUGCAGGGAGUUGGACUGGAUGACCUGUAAAGGUCCCUUCCAACCCAAAGCAUUCUAUGUUUCUAUGAUAAUUAAUCUGAUGUUCUCCUUUAGGCUUUAAUAAGUGCCCAGACUAGUGUGGCUGGGCAGGUGUCUUCUCCUUCCUCCGUCUUUGUAAUCCUCUGUUAAAUAAGUUUUCACCUUAGGGCACUCCUGACACCUCCAAGUCCACUUUUGCCUCGUUAACUUUCCUGAGCUGCUUCACUUCACAAGAAAUAGCUUUUUUCCCACCCCAUUGUGCCGUGUUUAAUUGUAAAGGCAUAAAAAUAACCUCUUGCCAGCCACGUGGCGAUGAGUGGAGCCAUGGGUCAGGGAUAGGGACGCUCAAGUUUAGAAACCUCUUGAUCCUCAAGCUCUGAAGUUCACUUGAUGCUGUUCCAGCAGGGAGAGAAAAAGAAAGGAGGAUGUAGGAAACUGUUCCCUUUUGUUAAACAGGAACAAUUCCAGCAAGGCACCAAACAUCUCAAAUCAGCUGUCAUUGUUAUCUGGGAUAAUCUUGGCAGAGAAGGAAGCCAGCAAGAGGCUUGGUGAGGUCUGUGGCAAGGAGAGGAAACCAGAAUUGAUUCAUUUUCUUAUCUUUAAUAUCAUAAGUGAAGCUCUGGAGAAUCUCACAGGUCCUGGGACCUCAGAUGACCCCAGGAGACUUAAAGGAUUUGGGUUGCGGGAUGCCACACAGCAGAAAAACCAGGACCCUCACCUUCAUUCUAGGGGAAUGGCUGGAGAGGGGCUUUGGGGGGGUUGACUCGGGGGACCUCUGCCCCACAUCCCAGUGCUGCUGGGACUGGAGACAGCAAGGAGUCAAAAAGGAGCUUGGAUGUGCCCUGGCCAGUUACAGAAACCAUCCCUGAGGAGAUGGCAGGCUCAGGGGGUGACCAAGAGGUCCUCAAAGCUUAUGGUGCUGGCUUGAAAACACGGUGGGGUCCUGCUUUACAUAUAUGUGAUUUUUUUUUUUUUAUGUAUAAAAGUGACUUUUCUCAGUAGCAUUUGUGAUCUCUACCACCUCCCCUGUGCAAAAAAACCCAAUUUUAUAUCAGUAAGAACCCUAAUCUCACCAGGCAAUUAAGGUGGUGGCUAACGAGGGGUGGUAUGGGGCUUUGCCCCAAGUGGUCUCAGCUGUGGCAUUUCCCCGUGGGGAGGGGGCUGUAGGAUCAGCUGUGUUUCUCUCAAUUACUGCCCAAAAUGGCCUCGUUCCAGCAACAAUUAGCAGCCUCUGAGGGAUUCCUGUGUUCUGCGUUACACUUUCCUAAUAUAAUUACUGCAGUAAAUGAACAAUGAAUUAAAUCAAGGAGAAAGGCAGGGGGAAAUACCAGUUGUGUGCUGUGCCAGGGGUCACUGCUCUGUCUCUCUGGAGGCAGGGACUCUUCCUGGCUCACUCUAGGUUUUGCUUUCCUAAAUCUUCCUCUUUGGGAAAGGGAUGUCAGCAGGGAUGAUGAGGACACUCCCAUCUCUAGUGUAAAGAGGGGCAGGUAAGCAGCCAGGUAGGUCCCCGCAGCAUCACCCUGCUGUCCUGCAGGUGCAGGUUCAGCUCCUGUGGAGACCUCAGUGCUCAGAUAUGAUUUCUAAAUGUGUGUUACGAUCAGAAACAAAAUCCAUGUCUGGAGCAUAAACCCCUGAGCAGCACUAGUUGCCCAGUGUAGGGCAGGGAGCAGGGGUAGAACUGGGGGCUCCGAGCUGCCUGCGGAUGGAGGGACACGUUGCUCCUCUGCUGUGAAAUAUCCUGGAGGUGGAAGGUGAUUUUUAUUUCAAAGCAGAUUUCACUCAUGGAUAGACACGUGCUCACAGAGCAAAGCACCAUCCCAGUCCCUUUGACGCCCUGGUACCCAGACAGCCCCACCAGAGCCAAAAAGAGGGGAGUCCUCCCUUCCCUUAGGCUGCUUACUGUGGCUUUGCAAGAGCAAAGGGACUUGGGAGGAGCAAUGUGGAGCCCCUUUCCCAUCGAAGCUCACUAGUGUCCUUGCUUGGGUUUGCUUCCUUGCUUUGAACUGCUCUUAUUGCACUCUGCAUUUGGUCUCUGUGCCUGGCACGGAGUGUGGGAUGUUGCAAGGCUCUUUCUUGGGGAUGCUCUUCUGCUUUGGCUGUCGAGUAGUGGGCAAAGCUGGAGAAAGGGGGCUUUAAUGUAUGUUCUGCUCCAGGUGGAGCUGGGCACUCGCUCUGCCUUGUGUGCUGAGGCUUUGAGUCCCUCCUGCCGAGCUCUGCCUGGGCUCUGGGCAGAGCAACCCCAGAGCAGAAGGUGAGGGCUUUGUCUGGGACUGGGCAUCCCUGCAUGGGGACAGGACUGAAAGGAUCCCUUCAUCAGCACUGGAAAAGUCUCUGUGGAAACUGGCUACAGGGAGGGAAAUUAUUGAGGAAGCUGCUUGUGUCCUCCUGACUCGGGAAGAUGCUCGGAAACUCUGGACUGAUGACAGCAGCCACUUCUGCUUGUUGGAAGCCCAGAGCAGUUACCACACACAGGCUGCCAGCAAGCAAACCACAGCUUCAGCCUGGGGAAACUCAAGCACUUGUUUGCAUCAGGCUGGCAGAAGCUCUGGUUUUCCUUUUUCCUGGCAUGAGAAAGCUCCUAAUCGGAGCUGAGGUCCCUGUGCUGGCCCCUCACAUGGACUCGCUCCUCUUGCUGGAAGGCAGCUCCCAAACCGAGCCUGUGCUUGGGGCAAUCUCGUCGCCAAUUGCACGCAGGAGUUGUCCGAGCCAGCUUGAAAACUGCCUGGCUGCUCUCACUCUGCUUUUCUGAUGUUCCCAUCCCCUCUCUGCUCGGGUGGGUAAUAACUUGCCUCCAACAUGCACUCCUCCAACCAAAAACUAACCCUGGUGCUUUCCCCACAUAUCCCAAGUGCAUUAAUUACAGGAAAGAAAAAUGCCUGUGCUUCCAGUUACUGCGUGGUGGUGAAAAAUGACUGAGUGUAAACCAUGUCUGCUAGAUAAUUAACUUCAUAGAUAAUUUCUUCUUCAUUUUGACUCAAUUACUUCCUUGAUAUGAGAAAGUGCUGAAAACAUUUUUUUUUUUUGAUGUUGCAUAAAACAAUAAUUGAAGAAAGCUGCGAAAGCUUUUCCGGAGACAGCCUCCUCAUCCUUCGAUAAAGGAGCUGGGCAAUAAAUUGUGUUCAAUUCUUGCUCUAGAAGUACAAGGGACAGCUUGACGCUUACGUUCCUGCGAGAUUUUAGAGUGCAAGUCUUAUGAUGAGCGGCUGCAGGACCUGGGGUUGUUUAGUCUGGAGAACAGGAGAUUAAGGGGAGACCUCAUAGCUCUCUGCAGCUCCUGGAAAGGAGGUUGUGAUGAGGUGGGGGUCGAUCUCCUCUCCCUGGUAGCCAAUGACAAGACAAGGAGAAAUGGCCUCAGGAUGUGCCAGAGGAGAUUUAGGUUGGAUUUUAGGAGGAAUUUCUUUCCUGAAAGGAUUGUCCAGCAUUGGAAGAGGCUGCCCUGGGAGAGGGUUGAGUCACCAUCCCUGGAGGGUUUUAAAAGACGAGCAGAUGUCGUAUUUGAGGACAUGAUCUGUUGGUGGCCUUAGAAGGGCCUAAACACUAAAUCUGCCCUCUCCAGUUUGUACCCAUUCCCCCUCAUCCUAUCACCACAAGCCUUUAUGAACAGCCCCUCUCCAGCUUUCCUCUAGCCCCUUCAGGUACUGGAAGGUCGCUCUAAGGUCUCCUCGGAGCCUUCUCUUCUCCAGGCUGAACAAUCCCAACUCUCUUAGCCUGUUCUGUUAGGAAAAGUGCUCCAGCCCUCUGAUGAUCUUUGUGGCCUCCUCUGGUCCGGUUCCAACAGCUCAACCUCCUUCUUAUGUUGAGGAUUCCAGAAAUGGACACAGUAUUCCAGAUGAAGUCUCACAAGAGAUCCCAUUAGAACAGAUGGUCCCAUUAGAACAGAUGAAUCCAUGAGGAUUUCCUCUCUGUUUAGUGGAUGGAAGUCUCUGUUUCACAGCCACACCUCACAUCUGACCAGCUAGGAGGCAAUUUAAAUCAUGGAAGCAAUUGAACCUUGUUGGAGACCAAAGCAUCUUGCUUAAUGCUGGGCAUAAUUUGCCGAGCUCUUUGCUCUUGGCCAUCAGAGGAGCAUCCAAGAGCUCUGUGCCUCAGCUACCCAGGGGGCAGUGAGGGCCACGCAGGGGUAGAGGGGACGGGAAGCUUUUAUCCACUAAUGGUUUCACCUUCAGCAUCCUGCCUUGCUGGAGUUGUUUUCUUUUCCUCACUGGGGUGCUCACCUGUGCUCCAUCGCUCGCUGCCAUAAAUCAAGCUCAGUGCUGCCAUGAGGGCUGUUCGAGGUAGUUUUCUGCAGGCAGGCUUUUGCAGCGGUGAAAAACUCCCUGUGCUGCUUGCAGGAAAUGCCAACUGGCGGGAACGCUAACAAAAAAAAGAAAAAGAAAAAGUGUUUUCAGACACAUUUUUUAAAAUAGCUUCUGUUUGUACCAAAAAUACAAAUGUAUAAAACUUAAAGUGCCUGCAAACUUGAGGGGGAAAGUGCUUUCUAGAACAUUUGGUUUAAUAACUUUAUUUGAAGAGCUGUUUGCCUGUGUCAGGGCAAUCCCAAACACAGGCUGGGCAGAUUGGGAGCAGCACUGAGGAGAAGGACUUGGGGUGCUGUGGGGUGAGAAGCUCAAUGUGAGCCAGCAAUGUGCACUCAGCCCAGAAACCACACGUCUUGGACUGCAUCCAGAGCAGUGGGACCAGCAGGGAGGGAGGAGAAUCUGUCCCUCUGCUCAGCUCUGCUGAGACCCCACCCAGACAGGAACAAUGAGGUUUUGGUGGUCUGGGGGUCCCUGCAGGGAGGUUGGUUCCUUGUUCUCCAAAAACAGGUAACUAGGGAAAAAAGAGAGAGGCAAGCAUGAUGAGGGUGGGGAGGCCCUGGCCCUGUUGCCCAGAGCAGUGGUGGCUGCCCCAUCCCUGGAGGGGUUCCAGGCCAGGUUGGAUGGGGCUUGGAGCCCCUGAUCCAGUGGGAGGUGUCCCUGCCCACGGCAAGGGGGUUGGAACUGGAUGAUCUUUAAGGUUCCUUCCAACACAAACUAUUCUAUGAUUCCAUGAAACCCUGGGCAGUCUGCCCUUCAGGAGACUGUAUCGAAAGAACAAAGCCCUCAUCUUCUACCAGGAAAAACUGCAACCACUGAAGCACUUUUAUGUAACCUUUGGCCCUGGGAAGAAAUGCAUGGACAUGAAAAGCAGGUCCUGGGGUUUACGUGGGGUUAUAGAAAGCAAAUUAUGAAAGGCACUUGUAAUAAUUCUCUGACAGCUGUGAUAUAUGGCGCAUUACCCUGGGGUGCUAAGAGGGGCAACCGGCAGGCUCGUUCAGUAAAGGAAUUCAUUAGGUUUUGCCGGAGUGUUUUAAAGGGCUGUAAAAUUUAGGAAAGCUCUUUAAAGCCUCUGCAAUUAAGUGGCUCCAAGGUUUUGCUGUUCCAGCUGAAGCUAGGACAAGGUUUGUGCAGGAGCGAUGCUGCUCAGUGCCUGCCGGGUUCCCUCCUGCCCACCCAUGUCCUCGUGAAUUAUUCCUUGAGUGCUGCAUCUUUGCAUACGUUAAUUAGACUCAGUGGGUAAAAUAAAACGGAGCACGGGCUCUUCUAAUUCCGUGUCUGUAUAUUCAUUAUAGAAGCAGAAGCAACUGGGAUGUCAAGGAGGAUUAAGCAGAGAGCUGGGAAGGUGCAACAGGUGGUUGCAGCAUGAAUUGCAAACCUGCCUGGCAUGCACGGUGAAGUGUUGAUGGACCUUUUUUUCCCCCAAAAAAGCAUCAUGCAUGUUGCCCAACACCCGUCCUUGGAGGAGCAUUGACUGCUCUGCUCUUUGAUUCUUCCAAGAAGGGAAAACCCCCAGGCUGGCAGUGAAGUGGUUAAGGUGUUUUGGUUGCAGUCCUGUUUUGCUCUGGUGCUGAUAAAUGGGGUAUGGUUCUCCAGCUUCCCCAAAAUCCUCAUUUCCAGACCUUUCCUACAUAAAGGCAGCAUUUUACAGAGAGUCCAAUCCCCCCGGGUUUGUUGGGCAGGAGAAAGGGCCGAUCCCUCGAGGGGCACAGGAGGAACAAGGGCUGCACUGUUUCCAUCACGCUGUGGCCUCAGGGUCCUUUUGUUGACCUUGCCAAGUCAUCUCUGGAGAAAAUCACUUGUGUGGGGAAGGGGGAGGGAUGGGACUGGAAAGCCUUGGCUUCUCCCACCCAGGAUCUGCUGUGGCUCCCACCCCCCUCUAUCCCUGGGAGAUGCUGGUGCCCCAUGGGUACCACGGGAGAUGUUGGUACCCGCAUGUUGCUCUCCCUGUUGAACCCAACCACUGGCUGAGGGUUUUAGGAAGCAAACCCACUGCUCAUCCCAGCAGGAUGGGUGUCUGGAAGCCAUCACGAAGCCCAGGACUGAUCCAGAGCCCAGCUGCAACUCUCUGGCCCCAGGAAUGCGGAGGUGUCCCGGCGAGCCGGCCGCACCACGAGGCAGCGAGCUUGGCCGGCGGUAUUCAAUUAGCUGCUGAACAUGACGCUUGUUUUAAUUCCAUGCGUUUGGAGACGUGUGUUACUGCCCACACACACCAGUUGCCAUAACAACUUUAAUUUGUUUUGUAGCCUCCGCUCUGAUGGAGUUGGGGAUUUUUUGUUUGUUUGUUAAUCUCCCUUCCUUCCCUCUACUCUCCCCCAUUCCCUUUCUUGUUCCUUCUUUCUAACUGCACUUGUUCCCCUCCUGUUUCCCCUCAUUAAUAAGAGGCAAAAAGUCAUUGCGUGGGUCCUCGACCCCCAGCUGGGCAUCCUCAGCCCGCUCCCUCUGUGCUGGCAGGAUGUAGUCCUGAAUUAUCCCAAGCAAUCCCAGGGCAACAGUAGGGGUGAAGCCAUCACCUUCCCAAAUGGCUGUCCUGCUGCUGAAACGUGAAGAGAUCAUGAAAUGGUUUGGGUUGAGUGGGACCUCAAGGCCCAUGCAGCUCUGGGAAGAUGCUGAGAUGGACCUGGGGCCACCAGAUCCUCCCCUGGUAGAGGAGACAUCUUAAGAUGGGGAUAUCCUGUCCUUUAUCCCUCCCUUGCUCCUGGCUCUGAGGUCAGACCCUUUCCCGCUUCCUCCAGCAUCUCAUCCAAACCCCAGCGAGAUGCAGCUGGAGAACGUGACCUGAAGCUACAUCUGCUCAUCCCGGGGACUUGGUUUUGUUUCUGCUGCAUUCUGGGGUUUCUCAGAAGGGUUGGAAAGGCUGCGACUCAUUAUCCUUGCAUCAGAGCAUCACGAUAUAAAAAACACAGUGCUGGCCAAACAGGGCAAAAAGCAACAAAAGAAAGGAAACAUAGAGUUAUUUGGAGCUCCUCUAUAGCAGAUGUGCUGGGGGUGUUUGAAGGCUGGUCUGGCAGCAGGGAGGUGCUGGGAAAGGGGAGAUCGGGAGGAAGAAGACCUCAGUGGGGAGGAAGGUCAGGCUCCUGGCCAGCAUGGCCCGAGCACAGGGCUGUCACGCUGACUUACAGCAGCUGCCAGGCAGGUCAUGGAUCGUGGCUCCUUCUCCUCGGCCACACGGGCUCUGCUACGCCAUGCAGGUGGGUGCAAGCAGGCACCCCCAACCCAAGCUUCUCAGCCGCCCUGGUCCCAUCAGGGUGACUUUCUACAAAGAGACUGGAGUGGGGAGCACUUGUGAUUGCCGGGGUGCAGAGAGCACGGCUGGUGUACACGCAUCCACGGUCCAGGAGGUUUUCCGCUCCCUGAAGGAUUAAUUUGCACAGGAAUAGGUUUGCAGCGGAACUGACAUUAAUAACAGGCUGAGUUAGAGCCCCGCUGCGGAGCGGGAUGUUAAUGACUCCGUGCGGGGAUGGAAGGGGACUGUUCUUGGAAAUGAUCUCCAAGCUGUUGGGUUUUGCUGAACUCUGGAAUUAAAAGGAGUUUGGGAGGUGUCAAACUCAUCCCCAGCUCAGCCACCCAGCCCCCAGGACAGGAUCCAGUCUUGGGCCCUGUGAUGGGAUGAUAUUUUGGUCUCCAGGUGCUCCAGCAUCACUUGGAAAACCAGAGGUGGUCCAGAGAAGUCUGUCAGCUCAUCCCACACAGCUUUACAGGUGAGAUGGGAAAAUAUGAUCACAGGCAGAUAAUACCUGGGGGGGGAUGGAAUGUGUGUCGGCAUUUGGUUAGCCACAUGAGCAAAAGGGAUGCAGUCACCCAGGAUGUAACAGCCUGGGAUGCAGUGGG